CAUAGUUCCAUAGACCUCCCGCUUUGCCAUCCUUAGUAGUUAUUAGACAUCUCGGAUCCCUCUCCCACCACCACUCUAGCUCUCUCUCUUUCUCUCUCUUUUCCAUAUGAAAAAGAGAGCUAGCUGAGCUAGCUAGUUGCUAACCACCUUGCUCUGCAAUAUCCUCUCCCUCUGUUUUGAUCUGCUUUUCUUUAUGGCUCUUCUCACUUUCCAACCAGAGGCCACAGAGCCCAAGAAGAAGAAGAAACAAGUCCAACCACAACCACCACCACCAUCAAAACGCAGCCACCAAAAGCACUCCUCAAAAAAGCAGCAGCCACCUCCACAAAAGCCACCCUCCUCCUCAUGGGACCAUUUCAAGAACCUCCUCACCUGCAAGCAGAUCGAGGGGUCGAGAGUCCACGACCCGUCCAAAAAUGCAAUCGGCUACUCCAAGCUCGGGUCCUCUUGCGGCUCCAUAUGCAGCUUCAGAGACGUUGUUCACGGCAACACUACUAGCCGGGUUGUUCACAGAGCCGAUAACUCGCCGGACAGUAGCUCGCUGGGUCAGGAAACCGGGUUGCUCAGUCGGAAAGUUACAAUCCGGUCCGAGUCAGGGUCAGGUACUAGAUCCAACCGCGGUGGCGGUGCUGCUUAUACGUCAUCUAAUUCGUCUAGAGGGCUGCAAUUCAGAAAGCUCUCCGGGUGUUACGAGUGCCAUUACAUCGUUGACCCUAGCAGGUACCCAGUUCCAAGGUCUACUAUCUGUGCUUGCCCUCAGUGCGGAGAGAUCUUCCCCAAAUUGGAGAGCUUGGAACUUCACCAAUCAAUUCGCCAUGCUGUAUCGGAGCUAGGCGUGGAAGAUUCCGGCAGAAACAUUGUGGAGAUAAUCUUCAAAUCGAGCUGGCUGAAGAAGGACAGUCCCAUUUGCAGGAUCGAACGGAUACUGAAGGUCCAGAACACGCAGCGGACCAUCCAACGUUUCGAGGACUGCCGCGACGCAGUGAAAAACCGUGCCCUGAACAGCACUAGAAAGAAUCCCAGGUGCGCCGCCGACGGCAACGAGCUGCUGCGGUUCCACUGCACCAGCAUCUCGUGCACGCUCGGCGCGCGUGGCUCUACAAACCUCUGCGGCUCCAUCCCGGGCUGCGGGGUCUGCACGACCAUCCGGCACGGCUUCCAAGGCGGUGGAGGAUUAGAAGUUGGCAAGGGAGUGCGCACCACUGCCAGCAGCGGUAGGGCCCACGACUCGUUGCAUUGUACGGACGGGCGCAGGGCCAUGCUGGUGUGCCGCGUGAUUGCCGGCAGGGUCAGACGCAUUGCGGACGAUGCGGCGGCUGAGGAGGAGGCUGCUGCCACCGCAUCAGCUGGUGGGUCGUACGAUUCCGUCGCCGGAUACGCCGGAGUGUACUCGAAUCUCGAGGAGCUGGUUGUGUUUAAUCCGAGGGCGAUCCUCCCGUGUUUCGUAGUUAUUUACAAAGCUCUUGACUCUUAGAUAGAUGCCCUAGUUUCUGUGCCAGUUGCUUACUAUGUAUUCAUUUCAAUACAAGAUAGGAUUUUUUUAUCCCACCAAAAAUGAAAAAUCCUAUAUUGUAUUUCAUUGUUUAGGUGCCAGUAGUAUCAACUAAAUUAAUUUCAGUGUGUUGGUGUAUAUACCAUCUUUUCGGUCUA